AUGCCACCGGUGGAUAUCGCCAGCGCCCGCGCCUCAGCAGCAGAGGAAUCAAUCGACCUCCCUCUCUUCGACGUCUCGGUGGAAAGCCCCGAGCUGGGCAAGAAACUGGUCAAAGCAGCCGCAGAAUGGGGGUUCCUGUGGAUAGUCGCAUCACCACCACCAGACAACAAGAACAACGAGUCCUACGACUUCGACGAGGAGACGGUGGAUCGCGUAUUCUCGGUAUCGAGGGAAUUCUUCCUCGACGCCGCGAUGGAGGAAAAGGAGCCGUGCCGCAUCAAACACAACAGAGGCUGGGUCGAUAUGCACGUCGAGAACCUCGAUCCCUCUCAGCACAAGCGAGGCGACUUCAAGCAGGCGUUUAACCUCGCCGAGCCGCUGGAUGGAGGACAUGGAGACUGGGUCCAGCCCAUGCCGGCUACUUUCCAGCGACACGAUGCGCGUCUGCGGGACUUCCAUGCACGCUGUCGGAGACUUUCGACACGGAUCCUUCGACUCCUUGCGCUGGGUCUGGAAAUUGAAGAUCCGGACUGGAUAGCACGCACCCAUGAACAGGCGCCGAAUACAGCCCGGUUCUUGUUCUAUCCGCAACUCCCCCCGGGGACGGACUAUUCGCAGGAAUCAGAUAUCAGGGCCGGCGCGCACUCGGACUACGGGAGCAUCACGCUGUUGUUCCAGCGGCCGUCGCAGCCGGGGUUGGAAUUGCUCACCCCCGACGGAACAUGGGCGAGCGUGCCCAUUUUUCCGCCGGGGUACCAUUCCACGGCUUUGCCGCCGAUCGUGGUUAAUAUAGGAGACCUCCUUUCGUAUUGGACGAAUGGGUUCUUGAAGUCGACGAUCCACCGUGUGAUUCUCACUGAACCGGGAGACACGGAGGGUGCAGCUCAGUCCGGAGAUGUUAUGAAGAGUGGACUGGGCGAGAAUCGAUUCUCAAUCGCCAUCUUCAUACAGCCUUCUCGUGCUACGGAGAUUGUUCCUAUGCCCUCGCCUCUGGUCGCGAGCAGAGCUGCGGAAUUUGCCCGGGAAACCGUCGGUCAUGGAGGCGGCAUUCAGACUGAGACAGGCAAGGGAUCCAUUACUGCUGGCGAUUAUCUGGAUGGACGGUUGAUGGCUACUUAUGGUUCAGUAUAUCAACCGGUCAAGGCUUCUUCAUAG